GCAUUGCUCAACCGUUUCUGCGAGGUGGAGGACGUUCCGGACCGUUCUUUAACAUCGGAUGGGGACCUCUGGUUCCAAGCCUUCUUUCAGAAGACACAUAUUCGUCGAUCGGAUGGCCGAUACGGGGUUCUUGCAGUUCGAACGGCGUCUAUCGAGGAGCCCGAGCGGUGGAGUAAAUAUGUCGAUGAGAUCGAAAAGUACUUUGCCCCCAAGCAAAUAGCGCCAGCGGUGGGCAGUGAAAGCAGUUCGCUGAUGCGUACUUCUACGGAUAUGCAUUUGGCUUCUUGCGUGCUGCCGCAUAAUUCGGUCUUUAAGAAGGAGCCGCAGUUGCUUAAACAAAGAAUCGUUUUUGACGCCUCCGCAAGGCCUAGCAACGGAAGAUUUCUAAACGACGUGUUGUGGACUGGGCCUGCCCCUCAUCCGGAAGACGCCCAAUACCAGCGGAUGUUAUGGCGGACGGCGGAUGGGUCCAUCAGCGUAUUCGCCUUGUCAACGUUAACCUUUGGUACGGCGUCUGCACCAUUCACGGCCAUCAGGGUCAUCCAGCAGUUGACGAAGGACGAGCGCUGUUCGUUUCCCAAGGCGGAAGAGGUGUUGAUGAGCGAAAUAUAUGUAACUGACAUUCUUUCUGAAGGUCACACGUUGGGAUAG